GGGGGGCACGCCCGACCCUGCUGCUUGUGCCGUCGUUUGGUCUUCCAUGAUCGGGUCCUUCCUGUACGUCGGGGGGUCGACCCUGGGCCUCUUCAUGUGGAGGGACGAGCAGUUCGGCCUGGCCUUCCUCGUCGCGCUGAACACCGCCGCGCGGAAGAGCCGGGCCUCGCAGAGCAGCGCGUCGCGCCAGAGGGAGGGGCAAGAGCAAUCGUUCUCCUACCGGAGCAUCUUCUUCAUCCUGUUCUAUUGUGUGGUGGCCGUCCUGGUCGUCUACAACACCGGCCUCGUGAUCCAGUUCGUUCCAAACCAGUGCGAGGGCAGCGCCUCCGAGGUGUACAACGAGGUGCUGCCCUUCUUCCUCAUGCACAUGGUGCUGCUCAUGCACUCCGCCGUCGUGCAGACGCCCAGCAGGCAGAACCAGCCCUUCCACAUGCUGGUCAUGACCACCCGCGUGCUCAGCCUCACCACCGGCGUCAACGCCAUCUGCACCUUCGCGUCCUGGAUGCCCCGCAUCGUCCCCGGGCACCACCCGCCGCCGCCGCCGGCGCCGCGCCUGGAGCAGGGCGCGGGCAUCGCUUACCAGGCGUUCCUGGCGUGACGUGCUUCGGGAGCCUUGAGACAGGGGUCAAUGCAAACGGGGGUCAGCCAGGGCACUGGAUCCUGCAGGAGCCUGCAAAGACCCCCUCUCGCUGACCCAGGUUGGCGAGCCGCUCGUGGCCGCGAGGCGGCCGCGCAUGCUGGCUGACCCGGGUUUGCCAAGCCCUGCGUUGCAGGUCUUUUGUGUUCCUGCAUGGCAGUUUUUUGGUUUUCUACUGACCCGGCUCUGACUGACGCGGGUCAGCAGAUCCCCGAGUGUUGGGGCCACGGGGAGCUUCCGGACGGGUUCUCCCUCCGUGCGCCGGCAGGAUCGUGGUCGGUCGAAGGGGCCGCCACGGAUUGGCGGACGAAGAGCAGGCCGUUCGCCCCGGACAGGAGGGCACGGAGGGCGACGAGCUGUGAGCCGAACCCUGAGUCCACCCUAGGCGAUGCUUAAGAAAACGUAAAGUUUCGGCCAGAACUAUGAAUUUCUUAACCCAUGAUUUCUUAAGCAUUUCGCACGGUGUCCGAGCUUCCGCCCUGGCGACACGCUCUAAAAUCCUCGUCCACUGCUUGCUCGACGACAGUGCCGUUGUCCUCUCGGGCCCGGGCAGCGCUGGGCAGCUCUGCGCGGGCGCAGUCAGGGAGCACAGCGCAGCACCCUGCUCGGGGACGGGCAUUUUUCCGCGCCGCCCGCCCGAAGGUGCGAAGACGCCGCGCAGCGCGAAGGCCGGCGUUUUGGGAGCGCGCGCCUGCUGAGACUCCUGGGCCUGCCGGCCGGAGCUGCCCGCCGAGUUUUUUUUGUUUGUUUUGUUCGGCGCCGCGCGCGCCGCCGCCAGCAGGGAGCGAGGCGCAUGCGGCGGCGCUCGAGCCAUUGUCGGUCAUAGCCCCAGCUGUGGAGAGCUUGGGGAGAGAGAGGGGC